UUUUAUUUUGCUUUUUCUUUUUAGAAAAAGACUUUUUAAGGUCUCCAUGAUCGAUCCCUCAGUGGCCGUCCAUUCCCCUGAGCUCCAAUGAUCGAAUCUCAUCUCUCAGAUUUACUUCGAUUUCUCAAGGCGCUUUCACAUUGCUUCAAUGAAUGGUAGAAGCCAAGAUUGGUGAUGGGUAUAAGUGCAAUUUGCAAGAUUGUGAUUAGGUGUGUGCUUUUGCUGGCAGAGAACUAGAGAAGACCAUGUUUUCUGAGAGACUGACAGGAGAACAAUCUAUUUGUCAAGAUUUUGAGGCUUUGAGUGUGUCAAAGCGUCUUGUCAGAAGUGUUAGCCAGAAGUUGAAGAAGAAGUACAAAGGUGGAGGAGAGGAAGAGGAUGGGGUGCGAGGAGUUUCUAUGAGAUGUCUUACUUUAUAUGGUAGAGGUGGGGGUUGCAAAGUAGGGGCUGACACUGGUGAUGAAUUUGGGGAUCCAAGUAGUAGGAGGAAAUCAAGUUCCAGUGAAGAAGGAAAGGGGUACAAAAUGAUUUGUGGCACUGAGGAAACCGGAGUGGAUUGCUUCUCAUAUGGGGUGAAGGAGAGAUUUUGGAAGAAAAAUAAUAGGAAGGAGUUUGAACUUGAAGAAUCAGUAAGAAACAGUAGAAUGCAUAUAUUUCUUCCUGAUGAUAUUCUGGAAAUGUGCUUGGUGAGGCUCCCGCUGACCAGUCUUAUGACUGCCCGCCUUGUCUGCAAGAAAUGGCGAUACUUGACUACCACUCCUCGGUUCCUGCAGAUGAGACGGGAAGGUUCCCAUCAGAAUCCAUGGUUGUUUCUGUUUGGUGCUGUUAAAGGUGGCUAUUGCUCUGGGGAAAUACAUGCAUUAGAUGUUUCUCUGGGCCAAUGGCGUAGGAUAGAUGCUGAUAUUCUGAAAGGGAGGUUCAUGUUCACUGUUGCCAGUAUGCAGGAUGAUAUAUAUAUUGUUGGAGGUUGUUCUAGCUUGACCAGCUUUGGGAGGGUGGACAGGAGCUCGUUCAAGACGCAUAAAGGGGUGCUAGCAUUUAGUCCCUUGACUAAAUCGUGGCGUAAAGUUGCUUCUAUGAAGCAUGCAAGGUCGCUGCCUAUUUUAGGGAUUUCUGAGGUCAGUUCAGAUUUUCCAAGCUAUCAGAGUCAUCAAAAUCGGCAAGAUAGACGCUUUUCCAGAUCACGGAUUGGUGGGGUGUCAGAUGUUUACGAGGAUCCUCACAGGCUUUCACUAAGACGACAAUACAGAAAUGCUAUUGAUGAAAACGAUGCAUCGAUGUUACCCAAUAGAAAGUCAUACAAGUUUCUUAGACAAAAAAGUGAUCAGUCGAACACAAAGGGCUGUAGAAGGUUUGUGCUGAUUGCUGUAGGGGGUAUUGGAUCCUGGGAGGAGCCUUUGGAUUCUGGAGAAAUAUUUGACUCUGUAUCAAAUAAAUGGACAGAAAUUCAGAAGGUGCCUGUAGAUUUUGGAAUUGUUUGUUCUGGUGUUGUUUGUAAUGGGAUGUUUUAUGUUUAUUCUGAGACCGACAAACUUGCAGGGUAUGACAUAGAAAGGGGUUACUGGAUUAGAAUCCAAACGACUCCAUUCCCAUCCCAUGUUCAUGAGUACCCUCCAAAACUUGUAUCUUGUAAUGGGCGGCUGUUCAUGCUUUCUGUCUCCUGGUGUGAAGGAGAAGGUCGAAUAGGCCGGAGAAACAAGGCUGUUAGAAAACUAUGGGAGCUAGAUCUCAUGUAUCUUACUUGGACUGAGGUCUCUGUACAUCCCGAUGCUCCAAUGGACUGGAAUGCGGCAUUUGUUGGUGACAGAAACCUGAUAUUUGGGGUUGAAAUGUUCAAAAUAUUUGGUCAGGUGUUGGAUUUCUUGACUGUAUGUGAUGUGUCUGAUAUGAGGGCCAACUGGAGCCAUAUUUCAAGGAAUCAUGUAACUCAUGAACUGGAUGCUUCUUCGUGCAUGACUAAAUCACUCGCAGUCCUACAUCUUUGAAGACAACCUCAUGAAGUCAUUUUGAGCAGACAUCAAAAUGGCAAAAGGUUUGUUUUGAAUUCUUUGGACAUAAUCCUGGAGACUGCCUCUGGUCUCGGUUUCUGAUUCCGACAGCUAUCGGAGGUAUGGUUUGCUCAUGUAUCAUUUGAUGUAAUUUAUUCACCACCAUUCAUAAAAUUUAUUAUGUAUUGUUUUUGCCUAUUUUGUACCUGUAUAAUUUAUUUCC